AUGGAGCCCAACAGGCUGAGUCGUGUACUCCUCGACUCGACUGCUGUCCUUGGAAAUCUCCAAAUCGACGGCACUAAGCUGAUGAACAAGGAUCAAUUCUCCAAGUUGAUGGAGGACGCCCAGAAGGAUAUCAAGCCAGGCCGAUGGCUGUUGGGAACCAUACAAGAAGAAAAGACGUACAUCCGUCGGCGCCCUGCAACGAAUCAAGAGAGCAAGAUAAUCACCGAUGGUGAUUUCCAGGAGCUCAAUGACCACGAUUGUUGUCAAAAAUGCCUCGAUCUUGGAGAGCUCUUAGUUUGCGACGGUUGUGAGGGUGGAUUUCAUCUACAUUGUGCGGGCAUCACAGUAAUCCCAGAAGGAGACUGGUUCUGUGAGGCUUGCCGACUGGAUCAAGUACUCAAGACCCAGGAGACGGCUGAAGCCACCGCGCCCGACUUGGGAAAAGACGACGACGAGUCUACCAGUGCAAAUGCUGGCGCUGAAGAACUGCAGGAAGAGGACCUGACUCUCGAAUCAGACGCAGAGCAGGACGAUGACGUCGAUGGUGAGAAGCUGACAGAUAUCGCCGAAGGUCAUUCUGGCAUCAAAGAAGUGUCAAUUGUGCGUCUCAGUGAUGGCGACAGCUUUCACAUUGCUCAUUACCUGGGAUCAGAUUACCUCAAUCUGAUAGACCAACAUUAUGAUAUCCCACCUAUCGAUCAACCCACCAGAAUGACAGUCAUACUCCACGACCAUCAGAGAAAGGGGAUCGCACAGGCACACCAAGCCUGUGAAGGGCCGUUCCGGGGCUGUAUCAUCGCAGAUGAGAUGGGUCUCGGUAAGACUCAUCAAGGCAUCGGCAUCAUGGAAAUGGUUCGUCAUGAGCCCGGAAUGUCUCUUGUGGUUGCACCUUCGAAGGACCUUACACAGUGGUACCGUGCAAUCAUUGACUCGUUCAAAGAAGGAGAUGGACUUCGCGCGUAUGUGCUUCGAAAUCGGCAUAUGACGGCCGCAGAGCUCCUCAGUCUUCAAGUCGAUGUUGUCAUUUGCUCUUACGAGUUCGUCGAGCAUGGUGUCCGCAAAGCCGCUCGUAGAGACGUCCAGUUUCUCAAAACCAGAAAAGACCGGUUUAGUCGACUAGGCCAGCCGCUAGUGCGCCCGACUUGUAACCUUAUCUCAGAUAUCUACGAGUUAACCGGCCAGCCAUGGAAGCGAAUGAUUCUGGACGAGAGUCAAAACAUAUCUAAGCCAGAGCAAGCUAGACAUCGAGCCGUGAAAAUGAUACCGGCCAAGGCCGUUGUCUGCAUGACCGGAACUCCAACUCACAACAAGUGGCACGCUGUUUGGGGCUACAUCUGCCUCUUGAAAGGCCAUCCCUUCGCAGAGGAAAGCGAUUUCUUCUCUACAUUCGGUGGGAAGAGGCGCUUCGAUGACCCAACUAUCAAGAAUACGAGAAGGCUGCAGCGGUUCCUUCAGCCCCUGAUGAUAUGCAGGCCACGCCUGACUCUGCCGUCCCUCACUUUAGUGGGUCGUGUAUCAUAUCAACAGUCAUUCGACGUCGACGAAAUGGACCAGAGUCUUUCGAACGCCUACUACAAGAAGUAUCGAGACGUGCUGCGCAAGAAGAAUCUUGACACGACUGAAUUAUUCGUUGGUGCUUCCACCAAAGACAGCAAGAGAUGUCUCACGUAUGCCACGAAAGCCCAGCUUGCAGCUUUACACCCGCUAUUGCUGCUAGGUGACAUCAGUAAUGCCGAGGAUGACGAGGAUCCAGAAGCCGAAGAAAAUGACCCCGGGUUAUUUCUACUAAAUGAUACCGACGACACAAAAGGAAUGAAGUCUCCUCAAAAACGCAAAGCGUGGUUGAAGUUUCUGGAAGACUAUGUCGGCCUUGCGGAUGACUCUAUCCGAGUACAGAAUGUCAUUGUCGCGCUCCUUUCGAUUCGAGCGCAGGAACCGGAUUGCAAGGUCGUAAUAUUCAGUCAAUAUCUCAAGUUCUUGGAUAUCCUCGCAGAGGUCCUUAAGCGAGAAGGAAUCAAGGCUUAUCGCUACGACGGAACGAUCAAAUCAUCUGAGCGCACACGAAUUGAAGCCGAUUUUGCGAAGGCCGAUCCUUCAAUCCCUCUUCUCAUCACGAGCGGUGCUGGUGGCACCAGCCUCAACCUGCAGUGCGCCAAUGUCGUAAUCCAAACAGAAGUAUGGUGGAACCACAACGCUGAGUUACAAGCGCUCUGUCGAUGUGACCGACAGCAUCAGAAAAAGCUUGUCACCUACAUCCGACUGAUGGCUCGGAAUUGCGAGAUUGACCAUGAAAUCCUUCACGUACAGGCGAAGAAGAGGGUUUACAAUGAAGCCUUGAUGGAACCUCUCAUCCGUUGUCAUUGGCAAGGCCCGGUGACUAUCGAACUUCACGACUUGCUGCCUGUCCAGGGCUUCUACGACGAUGGCGAGCUCGGACUACGAAUGAAAGUCGAGAGGAACUCUAAACAGGCUUCAUCGACCGAGUAG